AUGCUCCCGCGGGACGGGAGCGUCGGGGAUAAGUUCAAGGAACUGCUCAAUAAUGACCCAUUAGGAGCGAAGGUGCCUCUCGGAAUCAGUGCCGCCAUCUUCCUCGUCUUCCUCCUGUUGCGCCCCUUCAACACCAUCGUCUACGCGCCCCGUCUCCGCCAUGCCGACGAGAAGCACCGCCCGCCGCCCAUGGACAAAAGUCUGUUCGCCUGGUACCGGCCUGUGUUCAAGACCAACGAGGAUGCAUACGUACACAUGAUUGGACUAGACGCAACCAUAUUCCUGCGCUUCGCUCGCAUGUGCAGGAACAUGUUCGUCGUGCUGUCCAUCGUUGGAUGUGGCAUAAUCAUCCCUGUGAACGUCAUCAAGGGAGUCGAGUUCAACAAGAAAGGCAAUUUUGCUGGUGUUGAGGCCAUCAUGCUGAUGACACCAAAAAGCCUGUUUGGCCCCAUCUUGUGGGCUUUUGUUGUUGUUGCCUAUCUUUUCAACAUCAUUGUCUGUGGGUUUCUGUGGUGGACAUAUCGUGCAGUACAUCGCCUGCGAAGAAAUUAUCUUGAGGGAUCAGAAUACCAGAAUGCGCUGCACUCUCGCACGCUUAUGAUUACCGACAUAAAGAGGAACUUUCGCUCAGACCAAGGCCUUGUCGAGAUCACAGACAGCCUGCGUACCACGCCUGAAGUUCCGCGCGCUACCGUUGGGAGGAACGUAAAAGAUAUUCCCGAUCUCAUCGAAGAACACGAAAAGGCAGUCAUCCAGCUGGAGUCUGUGCUGGCAAAGUACCUCAAGAACCCGAAUCAGCUGCCCGCUACACGUCCACUAUGUGCACCAAGCAAGAAGGACCCCGAGUUCACCGACAAGAAGCAAAAGGUGGACGCAAUCGACUACCUCACAGCCCGCAUCCAGCGCCUCGAAGGUCAAAUCAAGGAGGCCCGUGAGACAGUGGACAAAAGAGACGCCAUGCCAUACGGCUUCGCUAGCUACGAGACAAUCGAGUCAGCUCAUACCGUUGCGUAUGCAGCACGUAACAAGCACCCCAAGGGAACAACUGUGCGUCUGGCUCCCAAGCCAAAGGAUGUCAUCUGGAAGAACUUGCUCCUAGACGCAAAGACAAGACGCUGGAGACGCUUCAUCAACCAUGGAUGGAUCUCAUUGUUGACGAUAUUGUACUUCAUUCCCAACGCCCUCAUUGCCAUUUUCUUGUCAAAGCUUCCCAACCUGGCCUUGGUGUGGGAGGCGUUCAGUGUAGAACUGAACAGGCACCCGGGGUUCUGGGCGGUCGUGCAAGGUAUUCUAGCACCCGCGCUUACCUCGCUCUUCUACUACUUCCUGCCCAUCAUCUUCCGUCGCCUGUCAAUGAGAGCAGGCGAUUUCACAAAGACCUCACGAGAGCGCCACGUCACUGCUCAGUUGUACAACUUCUUCGUCUUUAACAACCUCUUCGUUUUCUCGUUGUUCAGCGCAGCUUUCGGCAUGAUCACUCUCGUUGUCAAAUAUGCCAGGGACGAGCACCAGCCAUUCAUGCAGAUCAUCCGCGAGAUUCAGAUUUUCGACACGAUCAUGCAGACCUUGUGCAACGUCUCGCCUUUCUGGGUGACAUGGCUUGUGCAGCGUAACCUCGGUGCGGCUAUCGAUCUGUCACAGGUUGCCAAUCUCGCUUGGGGUUCCUUCUCACGCAAAUUCUUGAACCCUACACCAAGGGAGCUCAUCACCCGAACCGCCCCACCUCCAUUCGACUACGCCAGUUACUACAACUACUUUCUUUUCUACUCAACCGUAGCGCUAUGCUUUGCGCCCUUGCAACCUGUCACGCUUGUCGUCGUAGCCUUCUACUUCUCGAUCGACUCGUGGAUGAAGAAGUAUCUGCUCAUGUACGUCUUCUGUACCAAGAACGAAUCUGGUGGUCUGUACUGGCGUAUCCUUUUCAACCGAAUGUUGGUCGGUGUGAUGCUCUCAAACUGCAUCAUUGCACUACUGUGCGUCGCGCGUGGCUUUGAUCUGAAAUGGACAAUGCUCGGAGCCAUGGUUCCACUGCCGCUUGGACUAGUGGCUUUCAAGUUCUACUGCAAGAACACUUUCGACAACUCCAUCAAGUACUACACGAUUGGCGACAUUAUCAAGAAGGGCUCCGAGGCACCGCCUCCUAUUGACAAAGAAUCGCGGAGGCGGGAUCGCGUCGCUGUGCGCUUUGGCCACCCUGCUCUCUAUCAGAAACUCACCGUUCCGAUGGUUCACGAGAAGAGCAAACAUCUUCUGGCCGAGGUUUAUCGCGGUCGUCUCGAUGGCGAUCUCGGUGACACAGCCGCUUUCAGCGAUACUUACACCAUGAAGCGCAUGAGCAAAGACCACCCCGGCAAGACAGCUGCACAAACAGGACCGUUCGAGUUCGUAGCCGAGGACAAUAUGGAUUUUGAGAACUUUAAGAACCGCCCUGAGUUCAGCGAUGAGCAUGGCGGCGGCGGUUCGGUGUACGGCGAUGCCAGCACAAUCGGUCGUCCCGAUACGCCUGGCUCGGCUUUCGGUGAUAGAGGAAGAAGCACAUCGAGGGACUCCGCGCGGACAUUGAACGACGAGCCCGGUAUGACUUACCCAGCUGGGUACCACCAGACACCCAGCAACCUUCGCGAAUACAGCCCCAGUCCCGCUCCUAUAUCGCGAAUCGAGAGUAACUCGUCACCGUAUGAAAUACCUCCACAAACAAACUUGCUGUCCGGUGCGGCGCCCAUGGGUCACGACCAAUACACACCGUACAGCCCCAAUCGAGACGGUCAGCAGGACUAUUUCCGGAGAUAA